UGGAAUUCUGCCGACCGAACAACUUUACCCGGUGGUGCUAUACCUGUUCUUGUUGGGCAAUUGAUCGGUUAUUACUGAGCUGGUGUGAAAUGAAGUGAUUGGAGCCAAAACUUAUCUGUAGAGCAGCAUUUUGGGUCAGAUAGGUGAUGUGAGUUUCUGCAAUGGCCCGAAGAAAUGCUGGGGCAAUGCAGCGAGAGGGGUCGGUUAAGGACUGGGCAGAAUUCGACCCCUCGCCGUCUCCCAAGAUGGCCUACUCCCAGUCCUAUGUCGCACUGAGGGGGCUGCUGACUUCAGUGGUCUCGCUUGACCUUGUCAUGAUAUCAAGUAGCCUAAAAUCUGCGUGGGCAACUAUAUCGUCCAACAAGCAUGCUAGAUCCUUGGAGAGGCCAAAAUCAAAGGGGAUGAGCUGGAAAAAGGCCAUGUUUAAUAUAUUUGUGUUCUUCAUGAUUGGCGUUUUCAUCGGAUUCACGCCACUCUUCUCUGCUGAUUUAUCAAAGAAAAUGCCUUCUGAAAAGGAGAUGCUUCCAUUCGAGGGGGAUGUGAUUGAUAGGCGACAAAUGGUAGAACGUCAGGGCACCAAGCUGGAGCCAUUUGUAGCAGAUGCUGAAGCUGAAGUGAUCGAUGAGCAACAGGCUGAGGAGAGUCCUCCAGUUCCUGCAAUGUUGGAUGAUGAGGCCGAUUUUGUUGAGGCCUCAUCUAUUGUACAUUCUGCUAAUGAUUCUGACAUUGUUGCGAGAAAGCUGCUGCUAAUUGUGACAGCAACAACAGUUCGACCACACCAGGCAUAUUAUCUUAAUCGUCUUAUUCAUGUCCUGAAGAGUGUACCGCCUCCUCUUCUGUGGAUAGUAGCAGAGUGGCCAUAUCAGUCCCGUGAAACAGUAGAAAUUCUGAGGUCGUCUGGGAUCAUGUACAGACAUAUUGUGUGCAAUAGGAAUGCUACAAAUAUCAGGAAGAUUAUUGUCUGCCAGAAGAAUAAUGCAGUUUUCCAUAUAAAGAAGCACCAUCUAGAUGGUAUAGUGCAUUUUGCCGAUGAGGAGAGAGCAUACUCAGUUGAUCUAUUUGAAGAAAUGCGGAAAAUCAGGCGCUUUGGUACAUGGCCAGUAGCAACGCAUGAUGGGUCCAAAUAUAGAGUGGCUUUAGAAGGCCCCCUUUGUCAGGGUGAUCGGGUCACUGGAUGGCAUACAAACCAGAGGAGGGGUAUGCUUCGUCGAUUUCCAAUUGGUUUCUCUGGAUUUGCUUUUAACAGCACUAUACUCUGGGAUCCUAAGAGAUGGAAGAGCCCCACCAGAGAGUCUAUUAUACUCCAUUCAGGUGGCAGGGGUGGCUUACAGGAGUCAAGAUUUAUUGAGAGGCUUGUGGAGGACGAGAGUCAAAUGGAAGGACUAGCAGACAAUUGCACCCGGAUUAUGGCCUGGAAUUUCGAUUUGGAACCUCCUCAACUCAAUUACCCUACUGGCUGGUUGCUGCAGAAGAACCUGGAUGCUGUCGUGCCCAUAACAUAGCUGUCUUGCUGCCUCAUCUUUUUGUUCGCUCAUGCUAGUAUGAGCAAUGGCUUCCUGAACUUGGCAGCGUCCAGGAUCAUGCGAAGUUGCUCUGCAAAGAUCUGGUUGAAAAUAAUGUCUAGUAAAAGUUGAAAGGAAGAAAGAAGCCUGACAAACAAAACACCCCUCUCUCUCUCUGCUCCAUUCUUUUUAAAAGUUCCUCUUUUACCCAUACCCAUUCGGCUAGAUUUAGUGCUGUACAUUUAUUCUUCUACGUUCGUUAUUAUACAUGCAUAUAUAACCUUAGAUGCUAAAGAUGCCUCUGUUGCAACUGUUAAAGGGCAGAGACAGAUAUAUACUCUUGAUACAUGAACGAUAGCAAAAUCAAAAUCACAGAUUGGAUUUGACA